GGGAGUAAAUAAAAAAGACUAGUGAGCACGUGGCCACCUCCUUCUCCGCCUGUUGACGCGCGCACCUCCUCUCUUUUCACACACUUUUUCAUACUACAUGCGGUUUCUCUCUUCCCAAAAUCUCAAACUCCACCAAAAAUGGCGGCGAGACUCUUAACUCGACUCCGCCACCACGCCAACACCGCUAACCUCCCCCAUUUUCUCUCUCCCCAACUGAUUCCUCGCCGGGAAAUUCUUCAACGACUUUCAUUGACAACCAUUCAAUUCCAGCGUUUCUCCGAUGUCGCGCGACCUUUGCCGAAAGAACUCACUACCUCCGAAGAAACCCCUCCAGCAAUUCUCAGUGAGACUAAAAGUAGCGUCAACGGGGCUAGGGUUUCAAUCAAAUCGUCUUUGAAUGAGGCCGAGCUUGCAAAAUUCUCCGCCAUUGCUGAAACCUGGUGGGAUGCUGAAGGACCAUUCAAACCAUUGCAUGCUUUAAAUCCAACAAGGCUUGCCUUCAUACGUUCCACACUUUGUCAUCAUUUCAGAAAAGAUCCAGACUGUGCUAGGCCAUUCGAAGGGCUGAAAUUUGUUGAUGUUGGCUGUGGAGGAGGAAUUUUGUCAGAGCCCUUGGCACGAAUGGGAGCUACAGUUACUGGAGUUGAUGCAGUGGAUAAAAAUAUCAAAAUUGCCCGUCUUCAUGCUUAUACACAGGAGUCUGAUCCAGCCACUUCAUCCAUUGAAUAUCUUUGUACAACAGCUGAAAAGUUGGUAGAAGAACAGAGACAAUUUGAUGCGGUACUUGCUUUAGAGGUGAUUGAGCAUGUGGCAGAUCCUGCUGAAUUCUGCAAGUCACUUGCAGAGUUAACUGUUCCUAAUGGAGCUACUAUGGUUUCAACAAUUAACCGCACCAUGCGAGCUUAUGCUACUGCCAUUGUUGCUGCAGAAUACAUUCUUCAAUGGCUUCCGAAAGGUACUCAUGAAUGGUCAAAGUUUCUUACCCCUGAGGAAGUUGCCUUGAUCCUUCGACGAACUUCUGUUACUGUUCAAGAGAUGGCUGGUUUUGUGUACAAUCCGUUGUCUGGAAAGUGGCUUUUAUCUGAUGAUAUAAGUGUAAAUUUCAUUGCAUUUGGAACUAAAAGCUCCGAAGAAUAGCAACAUAUCAUAGGGUCUCUGUCUUCCUGUUCUUGAAUUGAGCUAAUUAUAAUGUUGUCUAGUAGACUAUAGAAUUACGUUUUUUGCAGAGCCGGAAAAUAAUUGUUAAUUCCUGAGUGUAGUGGGCGAUAUUGAUGUAAAUAUGUUUGAAAGUGUCAUAGAACAGGAUUUAGUUUAUUUUUGAAUUAUUUAUUGAAUAAAACUCUCACCAAGUUUUCCAAUCAAUACAUUUACAAUGUACUCUUAGAAAUUUUCUAAGAUGAGAGUUUCCUGAUUGUUAAGACAUAAAGAGUUGGUAAUUUGGUUCACAUUUGA